CUGUGGACGCAGCUGUGCAGCUGUGCAGCUGUGCAGUGGCGCUGUGGAUUGUGGGGCGUGGAUUGGUGGAUUGGUGGACUUGUGGAUGCGUGGAUGCCUGGGGCUGUAGGAGUUAGUAGUGGGUAGCCCUGCGACAUCGUCAGUGCUGCGGAAUCAGCUUUCGGGGGAGCAGCGCAUAAUCUAAUAGGAGGUGGGAAUGUCUCUGGGCUUCUUGGUGGAUCUGCUGUACUGCCGACGCUGCGGGGGCGACUGUAUGAUGGAAUUCCCAUCAACUCCCUCGGUGGAAGAAGAGGCGGCGCCCAAAGUGGUGAAGGUUGAGCUGCCGCCGCUGCCGCCACUGACCUUUGAACUCAUCCGCAGUCCGUGGGCUGUCGAGCAGGAGUGCGAUGAUGAUGGCUUCGAUGGCUUCGAUGAUCCCAGGCUGCCCGAAACCAUCAUUUGAUUCAAAACAAAACCCGUCGCCGCUCGCUGCCCGCACUCCUCCGGUUCAUUUUGUUUAAUUAAAACUCUUUUUGCCAUAAUCCAAUUAAGAGCAAAGGCAAAAACCAAAUGACAACAAAUGGCAUAAUGGCCAGACAACAAAACAGCCGGCAAAAAAUAGAAAAACUCCACAAAACUCAAACAAAGCUGCGCACAAAGCACAAAAAAAUAAAACAAAAACAAAAACAAAAGCAAAAACUGAACAAAACAAAAUGCAAACAAACAAUGCAAUAAAAUUCAAUUACAACAAAAUUUUAAUUAACUUUUUGCAAUCAAAACACAAACCAAAUGAGGAGACAACGUACAAAGGCAUACGAAUUGAAAGCCACUAAAACUGGGCAUAAUAACCAAUCUACAGGUCAUCGCUGGGCAGCAGUGGGUUAAACGAAUCCAACAAAGGCUGUGCACGAUAGCUUCAAAUGGCACAGGAUUACUUGAGUGCAUCAUGUUGUGGGUGCGGAAGUUUAAAAUUGUAUAUUUACGGCGGUGAAUGUUUGGAUUCGCUUGUGACUGCCAAAACACCAGGCACAGUUGCCAGAACCAUACAAAGAGAGAAUACCCUUAAGUCUGUGGAAAAGUUCGUUCACAUAUUGUGUAGAAUAUGAAAAUAAUGUUUAUAAACUGUGGAAA